AUGGUGUUUGAUGAGAUGUCUGAAAGAGAUUUAGUUGCAUAUACUGCCAUAAUUACCGGUUAUGCGGAGGCGACAAUGACUGAUGAUUCAUAUAAUUCUUUUAGAAUUUUGGGUUUGAUGCAAAAUGAAGGUUUCAGUCCUAAUCGGGUCACACUGGUAAGUUUGAUUAGGGCAGCAACAAAAAUUGGAGCUCUUUUCGAGGUCAAAUCCAUCCAUUGUUUUGCUCUUAGAAGGGGAGUUGGUCAUGGUGAUGAAAUUUUUGAGACAUCUCUAAUAGAUGGUUAUGUGAAGUGUGGUGCUCUCGAAAUAACGGGGGCCAUUUUUAGUGGGGUUGGGAAGCGAAAUGUCGGCUCUUGGAAUGUGAUUAUUUCAGGCUAUGUUCAGUACGGAAAUCCCUUAAGAGCUUUGAAUUUCUUCCAUUUCAUGAUGAUAGAGAGGAAUCUCAAGCCAGACCUGAUUUCUUUGGCAAAUGCUCUCUUGGGUUGUGCCGAUCUGAUGUGCUUGAGCUUAGGAGCGAGUAUUCAUGGAUAUAUAAUCAGAAGAGAAAUUGAUCUUGAUUUAAUUGCAGCCACUGCUCUGAUAGAAAUGUAUGGUAAGUGCAGGAAGAUAGAGAAGGCCAAAGAGGUCUUUGAUACGGUUAAGUUCAAGGAUGUGGUAUCUUGCAAUGUGAUGAUUGGUGCUUAUCUUCAUAGUGGGUUGACUGAGCAGGCCUUUGGUGUCUUAUCUCUAGUUAGAGAAACUGGCAUGAGAUUUAACACUGCUACAAUGCUGAAUUUGCUCUCAGCCUGUGCUAAUCUAACAGAUAUCCAAAGGGGGAGGCAACUACAUGGGUGCGUAGUAAAGUAUGGGUUUGGUUCAGAUUUGGAAGUGUGUAAUCAGAUGGUGGACAUGUAUGCGAAAUGCGGGUGCCUUGAUCUUGCUAGGAAAUUUCUUGAUGGGAUGAGAGAAAAAGAUUUGGUUUCAUGGGUGUCGAUGAUGAUGGGUUACGUGAAUUUUGGCCAUGCUGAUAAAGCCAUAGCAGUGUUUCAAAUGAUGCAACUACUAAGGGGAGAGAAGCCUGAUUCAGUGACCAUUAUUGCCCUUCUUCAGGCUUUGUCUCAGCUAGGAUCCUCAAGAAAAGUAAAAGAAGUCCAUGGUUGUGUGUAUAAGCUUGGGUUGGAGAGAGAAUCCAGCAUCAUUAAUUCUCUCGUCUUUACAUAUGCAAAAUGUGGGAAGCUUGAGGCUUCAGAAGCUCUAUUCAAGAACAUGGAAGAAAGCGACCUGGCCUCUUGGAAUUCAAUGAUAGGAGCAUAUAAAUCACAUGGAAAUUGCUUGAAAGCACUAGAGCUUUUAAACAUGAUGAGAGAGAGAAGAAUUAGACCAGAUGAAGUUACAUUCACCUCCAUUCUAUCUGCUUGCAGUCAUGUGGGCUUAGUAGAAGAAGGAUGGAAGAUCUUCUAUUCCAUGAUUGAUGAGUACUCCAUGACCCCAUGUGAAGAACACUAUGGAUGCAUGGUCGAUCUAUUGGGACGAGCAGGCCAUCUUGAAGAGGCUUAUAGUUUCAUAAGGAGUGUGCCUUUGUUGCAAAAGAGUACAAGUACUUUGGGUGCAUUACUUGGGGCUUGUAGAAUUCAUGGAAAUGUGAAGAUGGGGGAGGUUGUAGCAAGUCAGCUCUUAAGUUUGGAACCUGAAAACUCAGGUACUUAUACUCUUUUGUCAAACAUUUAUGCUGAUGCAGGCCAAUGGAGAAGUGCAGAAAGGUUGAGGACAAGUGCAAGAGAGAGAGGCUUAAAGAAAAUACCAGGAUAUAGCUUGACAAAUUAG